AUGAUUGAGAUUACAAUUUUCACCAAUGAUAUUCUUUCUCAAUAUCCUAGAAAACAAGAAGAUACCAAAUAUAAAAAAAGUGUCCCUUCAUUAUUUGAUUCAGAUUCUGAUCCAGAAAUCRAUUAUUUUCAAAUAAAAAAUGGUAUAAAAAAUGAAGUUAAAGAAUUACCAACUUGUAUUUCUUAUCCAGAUGAUAUAUGUCCUGYAUUUGACAAAAAUGUUGAAAUGAGAACUUAUUUUAACAAAAAAUCAUAUCCUAUUAACAAUAAGUCUAAUACAAAAUCAUUAAAUAUAUUUGAGGAAAUUAAUCAAGAACCAACAAAUUUAUAUAAUCAUAUUAAAACGGUCAAUAACUCUAAUCUGUGUAAAAGUAUUUCACAAGAUUACAGUAAAACCAAAAAAUCAUUGAAAGUCACAGUUGAUAGUGCUUCUAUAUCAAAUAGUAAAAAAAAAAAUAAACCAAUUAAUAUUGAAUCUCUUGAGGAAAAUUGUGUCAACUUUAAUAAAAACAAAAUAAAUUCUCCAAGAAUUAAUAUUAUUAAAAARGAUGAUUCUGAUUGUGAUAGUGCUUGUAAUUCUCAUGUAAUAAAUACCGAAAUUGAUACUAAAAAUAAAAUUAAAGUUGAAGAUGAUUUUAACUAUGAUACUACUGCCAUGAAGUAUAAUUUUAAAUCUGAAAAAAGCCCAGAACUUGACAGAUGUCAUUUAACUAAUAGCACUAUGAUAAUAAAUAAAAACAAUGAUUCCAAAGAAGGUUUAGAAAUGUUAGUCAAAUGUAAUGAUACUGAAUCAAAAAAUAUUUUAUCAUCAGUCAAAAUAAAUAUCAACCAUGGAUUAACUCAAACAAAAAUAUCACAUAUUCUAAAAGAUGAACAUUUACCAGUUCCUGCAAUAAUUGAUAAUGAAAAUGAAACAGAUGUAUCAACAUUUUUUGAACCACCUCAAUUCAAAAACGUUAUUGAUACAAAUAAUACCAUUAAUUCAAAUGAAUAUCAAAUUUUUCCAAUGUUACCACACGUAUCUGAAAACAAUACGCCAGCUAAUGAAUUAAUUGACCUACCUGUUGAUACUGUUUUCUCAUUAAAUAAUAUUAGCUCUGAUGAUGAUGAUGAUGAUGAUGAUGAUGAUGAUGAUGAUAAUGAUAGAUUAUUGAUUGAAGAUAGUGAACCAAAUAUUGAUGGCAAUAUUAAUAAAAAUUCUACAUGUAUUCUUAAAUCAGCUGAUAGCUCAAAAAAUAAAAGAAAAAUAAACUGUCUAUCUUCAGCUACAAGCAUUAAAAAUAUUGCCACAGAAUUCAAAUWUUGUGAAAAGAAGUUAAUAAGUCCAAAAAAGGAUCAAUAUUCCAAAAUAAAUCUUAUCAAAAAUGAAGAAGUGUCAAACCCUAUUUUACCAAAAAAAAAAUGUGUCAUAUCCAAUAGCAAUUUUGAGAUUGCACAUUUAUUAGAAGAAAAAAAAAACCAUUUAGAUGAUUGUAUGUCUUUUGAAAUGUGUAAUGAACUUUAUAAAAUUAAAUCAUCACAUAAAAGCAUUGUUAAUAAAAAUGAAUCAUUACCAAAGUAUAUCCAAGAUAUAUUGAAAGAAAUGUAUGUUGAUGAAUUGUUUGUAUCUACAUGUCAACAUAUGGUAGACUUAUAUGAUUAUGAUGGUCAAUCCAAAAGUGAUGUGUUUUUUCAAACAAAUGAAUGUASAGAAAUUCCAUGCGAGAAAUUGGUGUGUGAUAUAAGAACAAAUGUUGAAGAGAAAAAAUAUUCUGAAUAUAACCGAUCAGUYUCAACCAAUGUGAAAACAUUGUGGAGAACAGAAAUAAAUUAUAGAAACCAAGAAAAUAAUAAAUUCAGUAAUCUUUCUACUAAAAAAAAUAAUUYUGUUUCCCAGCAAAAACCAAAUGAUCUAAAAAUUAAAUGUCCAGAGUUAAGUCAGUAUAUUUCAACCAAAGAAGAAACAAUAUUAAAAUCAGAAAUUAUUGCGCAUAAGCAACAAAAAAGCCUUAUUAAUCCUACCAAUACUACACAAAAAUCAAACUCUUUACAGAAACCAAAAAAUUUUAAAAGUAAUAUAAAAAUCAGGAUUCACUUAAGAGAAUUCAUACUAUCUAAUAAACCAUUAGAUAAAAUCUUAGAAUCUAAAGAAUUCAGAAAUUUAAGAUUUUUUAGUGAGGAAGAAAUUGCAAGUUCAAUUGGUGUUUUUAUCUUUGAAAAAACAAUUGAUACUCCAAUAAUAACUGGAUUAUCCGUCUACAGAGUAAAUUAUGACCAAUUAAAUAAUGAAGAGAAAAAUAAAAUAUUGGCAUCUACAAAUUUAAAUAUUACUUGUCCAAAAAUAUUGAUGUUAACCUCAAUCACCCUGGCAUUAGUAAAAAUGUUGAGAAGUGAUACAUUAAUUGAGGUUAUCUUAAAUUAUAUUCGAAGAAAUUUGUUGACAAAGAAGAUAAAUACUGAUCAUACAAUUGAUGAUCAAUUAAUAAAACAAGUAGUUUACUUUGUUGACAUUUGUGUUAGAUUAAGACGACUGAAGACUCUUCAAAUAUUUAUUUUUGAUUCUAUGGUCUUUUUACCUAACAAGUAUUGCUGUAUCAUAUUUAUAUCUUUGUUGUUAUGGAAAAAUUGCUUACCUAGAAGUAUAAGUAUUGAAGAAGACCCAGUUAUAAUCACUGUUAUGUCAUUUUUAAUUGCAAAAAAGAAACUUUAUUCUGAGCAAACUGUUGGUUGCGAUAUUUUCCAACGAGAAUUGAUCAAUUUACUUUCUUGUCAUUUCAAUUACACAUUUAGUAUAGACAUGCCAACUAAUUUUACUCAACAUAUACAUAAGCCUGAUUUUUUCGUAUCUGUAGUCAUGUUUUUAAAAUGUUGUGAUCCUAAAGACUUAGUAGAAUUCAUAGUGAACUCCCUGUUCCCCAUAAUUGAUAAUUAUCUGAAUACUCAACAAAAUGAARUGCAUGCCAUACAAAUUAUGGAAUCAAUAAAUAUGGCAAUCAAACCAUUUAAGAUAAAUUGUAAUACUACUGUUACCACUUAUCUAAUGAAAUGUAGAGAUCCAAUUAAUGGUUUUAAGAAAAAUGGUAAAGAACAUAUUUAUAUCAYUGCCUAUAAUAGUUACAAAAUAUUACAGAACAAAUUUAUUGAAUAUUUGAAUGAUAACCGACCUCGUUCUCAAUUUUUUGAAGAGUCACUGAUGACAAUCAUUUUAGUGUUKGGGUCUGCAGAUUAUCUAACCAGCUGUAUGAGUUUGAUGCAAUGGAAGCCAAAAUUCGAAUUAUCUGCAGUUUUAUCCAAAAAAAUUGUCUUGUUCAAAUCAAUAAUAGGUGAUAAUAUUUUAUGGGAUAAGCUAUGUGCCAUAGAUGACAUUGAUAGGUUGAAGUGUUUGAUAAACAGCUGCUUGUUGAAUAAAGAUGUGUAUGAUACAAUUAUACAACUUCAUAAUCUUCGUUAGGUGAAUGGUUUGCAAAUGAAGUGUUUUAAAAUUUAAAAAAAAGUUUGAAAUGACGACUGAAAAUUUCUGUGAUAUUUUAAUUAUUGUAUUUUUAUGGUAUAUACCAUUAUUUAAUUAAUCUAGUUUUAAAUUGACUAAGUAAAAAAUUGAUUGCCCUAAUGACAUUUAGGGUAACAAAAUAUA